CGCUGCUGUGUCGAGGUAAAGGAGCGAUCAUGUCUGGCAGAGGCAAGGGCGGGAAGGGGCUCGGCAAGGGAGGCGCCAAGCGUCAUCGUAAGGUGCUGCGCGACAACAUCCAGGGCAUCACCAAGCCGGCCAUCCGUCGCCUUGCUCGGCGUGGCGGUGUCAAGCGCAUCUCGGGGUUGAUCUACGAGGAGACGCGCGGCGUGCUGAAGGUGUUCUUGGAGAACGUGAUCCGCGAUGCUGUGACCUACACUGAGCACGCCAAGAGGAAGACGGUGACAGCCAUGGACGUGGUGUACGCUCUGAAGCGGCAGGGACGCACCCUCUACGGCUUCGGCGGCUAAAGGCUUUCCACUACCGUCACCAUCCUCGAGAACCCAAAGGCUCUUUUAAGAGCCACCCACUUACUCACCCAGGAAGAGCUGUUACAUUGUUGUUUUGAGAGGACACCUUAAAAGGCACCUAUUACUAGAUUCUUUUAAGUUCUUCUGAAACCGAUGCUAGAAGGUUUGGUAAUUAGACAUGUUUAUAAUUUUGUUUUUUAUCACGACGUUGUUUUUCUGGCUAAGAAAAAUGUGCUUUCAUCUGCGUGCUCUGUAAGUUGUUCCUCUACAAAUGUAUUACACUGUAAAAUACUUGCAAGUGUUCUUUGUUAUCAAACCUGAGCGUUUUCUUUACCUCUUAAAUCUGCUAUUCUGCUAAUCUGGAACAUUCGAUAUCAUGUACUUGAAUGAUUUCAUUUAACAGAAAUGUAUUGCAAGAAAAAAAAUCAAUUUGUCCCCUGGGGAAAAGCUGCAAGAUGCUUUGAGAUGAACGUUCUUUCAUAUGCCUAAAUAAACAACGUAUUUGCUUUUCCUA